AAAUCCAAAUUCCAAAGUUUCUCCUUUUUUCACCCCCCACAUGCUUGCUAUAGUUGCUUGAAGUCCCAAAUUAACAGUGCUGUUGAGAAGUAUAAAGCCAAACCUGAACUUGUAGUAAGCGUGCUCUUUCGUGGUUGUGCCACCUCUAUAAUUCUCUUCCACUGUCUUGUGUUCUCCUGCAAGCCUGCAACCACAAAAACCAAAUAGUUUUUUUGGUCAAACUCAAAGCUUUUAACUUAACAGAAGCAAGAAUGGUAAAACGGAGUUAAGCAAGACAAAGGAAGAAAGAAUGGUGAGAGAGCAUAACAUUAACAGUGGAUGGCCACCAAUAGGGGCCCCACUACUGAACGUGCAGAGAGAUGAGUAUGAUCAGCAUUGGAGCAGCUUCGAUAGCUCUGUGAAUGCUGUUUCUUUUGGCUUUGUUGCCACUGCCAUUCUUGUUUCCAUGUUCUUAGUCAUGGCUAUCUUUGAGAGGUUUCUCAAACCUACCUCGCCGCCCAUUUUGCCGUCCGGCGGCAGGAACCGUCGCCGGAGCUCUCAGAUGGACUUCAAUGGGAAGCUUGGACACCCUUCACCGAAAAUGAGUUUGUAUGCCAGCUGGGUUUCAGUUUUAAUGCCUGGAGAUGCGACUCCUUCUUUCAUUGCUCACCCUGUGCCUGCACCAUGUUGCCCUGAACGAAUUUCAUGGCCUUCACAUCAACAUAGCACAUUACCAUAUUCCACUUACAACACCAUGCCUAGUAUCAACCACGUAUAAGAAGAGAAUUCAAUAUAACAUGGUUCUGCAAUCUGCAUGUUGCAUCAAGGAGUCAAAUGAAUUUUAUGUGAAGAGUAGAAUCUUAUGUAGGAGCUGCUCUCUUUAUUAGUUUAUAGUAUACCAUGUACAUAGGAUUUAGUUUAGUGCAAAUUGGGUUUGAUAAUGAGAUCCAUCUCUGUCCAAAUGUUUCUUCCGUGUAAUUGAAGCUUUGGGAUUUCCCAUAGUGUAAAUCAGUGGUUCUGAAUUGCAUGGAAUGUUGUGCACCAAA